GUUCGCGCAAUAAUUUACACUGGAGCAGCGCAGCAGCGGUGUGAUUAAUAACUGAUCAAAUUGAGAAGCUGCUGGGAAUGAAAAUUAAACAAAAAAAUUAUGUGAAGAGUGUUGGUACACGAAGAUUUUGCAGGAAAUUGAAUCGACUCGAAAAGUGAACACUGACAUGGCCAAUCGAAGAAUGAUGAAUUGAUCUUAUUUGGACGGAGCUGGUUCAAGACUUCCUAGAAAAAAAGACAAUAUCGUGUGAACUGUUGAGAAAAAACUGACAUGGUGCAAUUGUUUAAAGCAAAAUUAUUUUGUGUAGUGAGAAAAAUUUUGAAAAAAAUCUUCAAACUGUGUAACGUUAUAGAAGAGUGACUGAAACGCAUUUGAAAAGAUUGUGUUUGUGAACCCUUUUGCAAUCUAUUUUAUUCGUCCAUUGAAAACUCACGUAUGGUUUAUUUUUUAAAUGUUCAAGAAAAAGGAAAAUUCAACUGCAUGGAAUGUUUGAGAAGUCGGAGAGAAUAGUGUCCUUAAAAAACUAGUAGAAACCUGAACGAAUAGUAUUGCAAGAUAACUUAGUCAGCUCUUUCCGGAUUAUCUAACAGCAGAAGCCAGCUACGCCCAAAAUCACCUUCAAUCUUUCAAAAAUUCAGUGCAACCACAAUUCCAUAGAAUAGCAUAAGCCGACUGCAACAUAACAGGGCCGGCCACACGUUGAAGCCAUGAGUGUGCAACGCUACAAAUUAAUAUUUAUACUGGUGUUUUUCGCGCAAUUUGCUUUUCUGGUCCAGGCAAAUGAUCCCCCACACUUGGUUCAUCAAAGGCAUGGUGGCAUCAAUGGCCAGCGACCUACUGCCUCCAUAAACUCAGAUCCCCAAAGUCGAGCACUAUUUUCUCCACGGUUCGAGUACAACGAAUGGCAUCCGGUAGGACGCGGAGAUCCAUUGAAGAAUGACCCAACCUACGAUUACAGCCCACCAGUUCUGGAUCGAGUCCACUACUGGAACGAAGGCUUGGCAGCACAUAAGGAGAAAACUGGAGACAUCCUGUUGCUGGGAGUUCCCUCGAAAAAGUCCAGUUCCAAGGUGGCAGAAUCAUCAUGGCCUGGCCCGGUUAGUCCUGUUUCAAAUGGCCUCCCACUUCGAAGAAAUUACUACCCUCAACAGAUUAACGAUCUUCCCACGGUUCUGAUGCCACCGCCUCUCAACAACCAUCUUCAACCGGAUGCGGGCACAGGAGAUGGCUAUCUAUGGGCACAGGCGAGUAACCACCAGCCGCAGCGCUAUGAAGCACCUGCUGAGGGCUUCCGGUAUCGUCCAGGUGUGCAACCUCAAGCCAGUCAUAACUUUGUCAGUCAUUAUUCAGGUCCCAAAUACCCGGAUCCAGCUGUGAAUCACGUCGCUCCCUACCAACAGCAGCUGAAUCCCAGCCAUCAGUACACCACCACUCUUCGAUUGACCACUCCCGAUGGCUCAGGAACUCCGAAGAAGUCUUUCCUGCAGAGUAUCCUGAAGAAUGAGAAAGCUUAUCCAUUUACAAAAACUACUACUACAAACUCCGUUACGGAAUACACCUCCAGCUAUUACGAUGCUCAAAAUAUCAACGCCAUGGCCACUACCAUAGUUCACAGUCCACAGACGACCGAGUACAUAGUGGCGGAAUCUUCAAGCGCAUUACCUACGGUCAGCACCGAUAUUAAGGCACCUUAUGUUACCGCUACAGGUCUAUUGGCUCCCUUCAGUACAACCACUAGCACCACAAUGUCUCCUCCACCAGCCGUUACAGCAGACUCUCUGUUUUCGCAUUUUGACGAGCCUCCAGCUCCUCCAAAGGGACCUCUCUUCGUGGUCAUCGAGGGACAUAGUCGAGUAAAAACCUACGGCCUCAACACCAACGGAACACUUCUUCAGCUACCCAAAAUGGUUCCAGUGGUUGGAUCCGAAGAUCCGGUCAUUCGACACGUAGUUCAUCGGGACGAAACCGGAAGUGCCAUCGAAAUUCCUCACGUUACCAUGAAACCCACAACUCCAAAAACCAUGACCACAACUACGCCACCUCCACCAAGCUCAUCAACUGCCAAGCCUCUCUCGUCCAGUGAGGAAACUAGCGAAGAACGAUCAGCCAUCAACUCGCUGCUAAGUCUCUUGGAUUCCUCCUUCGGAGAUUACCUCAAGAACACCGGAUCCGAUAACGAGGGCAACGCCAUCGAUAGUGGCGAACGGCACGAUAAGGACUCCAAGGCUCGAAGGAAUGUACGAAGUACACCCCAGAAAGCACACAUCUUCCUGGUGGGUUCAUUCGAGGUUACCGGAAAUGGAGCCGAGAGUUCGGCUAGUUCGGAAUCUUCAAGCAACCCGAACAACAACUAUCGGAAAGGAAUCGUCCUGGAUGAUAGUCCUCCACUGGUCGGAGAGUUGGGUUAUUGAACUCCUAUUAGUUGAAGUUCAGCAUAAGACAGCCAGAAAUUGGAUCACUCUCUGUUGAUUGUUACGGACUAAAUGCGCUCAAAUUGGUGAUACAUAGAAGAUCUAAAAAAAAAAAGUGUUUCAACAAAUCUCGCAA